AUGAACGUGAGCUACUACCAUUCCUCUAUAGUGGCAUAUGAUUCCUGCGUUUCUUGUUAUACAAUUUCACCACCACCAACAACAACAACAGCACGCGCUUCUCUAACCCUCUUACACCACCGUCCUCUUUCUCUUUCCUUCUAUCAAAACCCUAAUUUCGUCACGGGGAACACUAUCUUCUUCAAGAUGCAGCGAUUCUGCUCCGUAAGUGGCAAAACUAAGAACAAAGCAAUGGUGGAGAGGUUGCAGCAUUUUGGAGUAAUCAUGUCAAGUAAGGUGGCUCAAGUGAUGGAGACGGUUGAUAGAGCUUUGUUUGUACCCAGUGGAUCAGCGGCACCUUAUGAUGACAGCCCCGUGGCUAUAGGAUACAAUGCCACUAUAUCUGCACCUCAUAUGCAUGCUACCUGCCUUCACUUGCUCCAGGAGAAUUUGCAACCUGGGAUGCACGCUCUCGACAUUGGCUCUGGAACAGGGUAUCUGACUGCAUGUUUUGCCCUGAUGGUUGGACCCCAAGGCCGAGCUGUUGGUGUGGAGCAUAUUCCUGAAUUAGUUUCUCUUGCAAUAGAUAAUAUUCAAAAAAGUGCUGCAGCUACACUGUUGAAAGAUGGUUCCCUUUCUGUACAUGCUGGUGAUGGAAGGGAAGGUUGGCCAGAAUUUGCUCCUUAUGAUGCCAUUCACGUUGGAGCAGCUGCACCAGAAAUUCCCCAACCACUUAUUGACCAGUUGAAACCUGGUGGGAGAAUGGUGAUUCCUGUUGGUAACAUAUUUCAAGAUUUAAAGGUGGUGGAUAAGAACCUUGAUGGUUCUAUCAGUAUCCGGACUGAGACCUCUGUUCGUUAUGUACCCCUCACUAGUCGAGAAGCUCAAAUUCGCGGCUACUAA